UCCUUCCCCUCUCCCCUCCCUGCAGGUCGCGGCCUGGACACGGAGAGGGGGCCCGCGCCGAGGAGGCCGAGGGAGGGGCAGCGCCGCCUUGGAGAGCCAUUGGCGGAGUCGGGCUCCCGGAGCUGAUAAAUAAGGGGCCGCCCCGGGGCUGCGGGCCAAGUUGGACGCCCGACGGCCCGCGCGAGGGACAGGUCAGCGGCCGCCCGACGCAUCCAGGCGACCCCCGAGUGGCCAUGGCCUCGCUGCUGGGAGCUUACCCGUGGCCCGAGGGCCUCGAAUGCCCGGCCCUGGACACGGAGCUGUCAGACGGGCUGUCGCCGCCGGCCGCACCCCGCCCGCCGGGGGACAAGGGCACCGAGAGUCGCAUCCGGCGCCCCAUGAAUGCCUUCAUGGUGUGGGCUAAGGACGAGAGGAAACGUCUGGCGGUGCAGAACCCAGACCUGCACAACGCAGAGCUCAGCAAGAUGCUGGGAAAGUCGUGGAAGGCGCUGACACUGUCUCAAAAGAGGCCAUACGUAGAUGAGGCCGAGCGGCUGCGGCUGCAGCACAUGCAGGACUAUCCCAACUACAAGUACAGGCCACGCAGGAAGAAGCAGGCCAAGCGGCUCUGUAAGCGCGUGGAGCCUGGCUUCCUCCUGAGCUCACUGUCCCGGGACCAGAAUGUGCUGCCUGACAAGCGCAGCACUGACACCAGAGGGGUACUGGGGGACAAGGAGGACAGGGGUGAGUACUCUCCUGGUGCUGCCCUGCCUGGCCUGCGUGGCUGCUACCAUGACAGUGCAGCCGGGGGCAGCGGCACCCCAGGCAGCGUGGACACCUACCCAUACGGGCUGCCCACGCCCCCGGAGAUGUCGCCUCUGGAUGUGCUGGAGCCGGAGUCCACCUUCUUCUCCUCCCCCUGUCAGGAGGAACACGCACACUCCCACCGCCUCCCCCACCUGCCUGGGCCCCCCUACUCCCCUGACUACACCCCCAGUCCACUCCACUGCGGUCACCCGCUGGGCUCACUGGGGCUCGGCCAGUCUCCAGGCAUCUCUAUGAUGCCCUCUGUGCCCAGCUGUCCCCCCUCUCCUGCCUAUUACCCACCAGCCACCUACCACCCUCUACACGCCAACCUCCAUGCACACCUGGGCCAACUUUCCCCGCCUCCGGAGCACACCGGUUUUGAUGCCCUGGAUCAGCUGAGCCAAGUGGAACUCCUGGGGGACAUGGAUCGCAAUGAGUUUGACCAAUAUUUGAACACUCCUGGCCACCCAGACUCUGUGGCAGGUGUGCUCAGCCUCAGUGGGCCUGCUCCUGGCCCCCAGGUGACAACAGCUGCCCCAACAGAGACCAGUCUCAUUUCAGUGCUGGCUGAUGCCACGGCCACCUACUACAACAGCUACAGCGUGUCAUAGAGCCAGGCAGCCAGCCCUGCCCCUCCUGCCAAGACCUCUCGUUCCUGCUCUGGGCAGCAGAGGGGAUCUCGGUAUUACAGUGCUACCAGCUCUCCGCCACUGCCCCCAGGUUGGGCAGGUUUGAACUGUCACAGCGCCAGAACAUAGUGCCCGUGGCCCCACCUGCCCUUUUCCCGGAAGUGUGUACUUCUUCGAAUGAGUACUGGCUACAAACACCCUUGGAAGGCAAGGGAGUUGCUGAAAGUUGCUAUUUCUUGUUGUAGACAUUUCCCUGAUUUCCCUUUCCUGUCUUCAUCAAAGAAACAAAUAUGUGAAAAACCCCAAAACACCCACCCCUGUCUAGUUUGGGCCGCAGCCCUGAAUGUCUGUAGGAGAGUCCUAAUCAUCUGGGUUUUCCAGGUGCAGAGAGCAAGGACUCCUUUGUGCCCCAGUGCUGCCUCUAACUGCUGGUAAAAUGUAGGACAGAUCUGGUAUCCGUAGUCCUUUCUGCUCCACAUUUUGGAUUUCUUUUUUUUUUGUGUGUGUGUGUGUAUGUGUUCUUUUUUAAAUUUAAAUUUAUUUUUAUUUAAUAUUCUUUUCAAGGCUAACCAAAAGGAAAAAGGUGGUGUCCCACCCACAUCUAAGUUCACCAGUAUGUGGCUUGCUGGUAGUUCUCAGGGACAGCUCCCCCACCUCUGAUGCCUGCCGAAGCCAUCACAGUUCUCCACAAGGAUCCUUCCACUUUGACCAAACAUGCUGCUCUUGAUUUCGGAAAGUAACAGCUAGGGUUAUGUGCACCACUAAAAUUCAAACUUUUUUUUUUUAAUUUUAGAUAUAUUUUUUUAAUUGCACAUGCCAGUUCAAGAGAACAGACACAGCCUGUGUAUAUAGUCAGCCUGGGUGAUACACAUCCCCUUGCAUGCAUACCCUUCAGUACUCCUCUGUGAAACCUAAAUCAGACAAGCUUGUCCAUGAUGGCAGCUUCUUGACAACUUCCUGUUCUAAUAGCCGAGAUUGUAUGGAAUUUCAACAAAGCAACACUACUUCCCAUGAUGGGUGCCAGUUCUUUGAGCAGAAUUUCAGCAUGCAGUCAGUCAUCUUUGCAAUGCAGAAGAAGCUUUCUUCCUGGCUGCCUGCAUCUCUCUUUCUCCUUGUCCUGAUUUCUUUUUCUUUCUUCUUUGCUUUUCUUCUAUCCUUCUGCAUUUGCCAUGAAUACAGAGGUGUUCUGACUUAAUAAUUCCCCCAGCUGAUGCUUCUGGUAAAAUCUUUAGCCAGCACUUCAGAACCAGUUCCCUCUCUCACCUUUGUUAAACUUAUUUCCCAACCUACAGAAAUGCACUGUGAUUUAGGAAAGGUUUCUAAACCCUGAUGCCCACCCUCAAAACAGAUCCCUCCCCUUUCCCCAACCCUUCUUGAAGGAACAUGUGACCUAAAAGACAGAUUAUGUCUUGAUUUCAAGGUAUUAUGCCCAUGUGGACUAUGUAAAUAUUUUAUAUAUUCUCUUGUUAUUUUCACUUUAUAUUUUGUAUUGUUGAAAGAUACUUUUUUUUCUUCCAAGGAGUGUUAUUGUAAAAUCACUGAUUAAAUAUGAUUAAUCUUUAUGCUCUUCCUGUAUUCAACAUGUGGUAAUAAGUAAAUCAUUGACGACAUGGUUGACCCUUGCAGUACAGAGUGUUUGUUCUAGUCUUAUAAAACAGUUUCACAGAUGUUAAGCUAAACUGUUCCAUUUUUUUGUAAGAAUUCUCCAUGCUUUGGAAUGGUUGUAGAUAAUAAUUUGUCUAAAAUAUUUAAUUUAAAUAAAUGUUUUUGUACCAUGA